AAACAGUAAUGCACAACGUUACAUAUUAUUGUUUAUAAAGCAAUAAAUUGUAGCAUCAAUUUGGAUUCAUUUGUAAAAUUACAAUGAAAAACCAGUAUUAUUUUGAUUGUCACACAACGACUGCAACUGCCUUAGUAUCCAAAGUGUAGUGCUGUAUAAGGAACUUUAGUAAUAGUGCUGAGUAGCAAAUUAAAUAAACAGCUGUUUAGAAAACAGCUGUAAACAAAUCAAAGGCGCCAGUGGCAUAUUUCUAAAUAAUGCAAAUUUUGCAACGUUUAUAUUGGUUGUCACCAAAAACAAUACAAAUCUAUAGCCGUAACUACGCCAAAAAACCAAAGGUCGCCAUGACAAACAGCCGGCGUAUGGUGCACAAGGAAUUGAUGCGUUAUGUAAACCCCUAUGCAUGCAUUAAUAUAAAAUCGGAUAUUGCCGUCCAUGUCGAGCCCGCCGACGUCCAUGUGUAUACCAGUGGGGAUGUACUUAUAGCCCAGCUAAUUGGUGGUCCUGUGUGCAACUCUAAUGUCAGCCUGGACCUAGAUGUUCAUGACGAUGAUAAGGUUGUCAAUGUGUUGGUCAAAAAGUCCACUGAACAGACGUCGUAUUUUACAUGCCUUCUUAAGAUACCUGUGCGUGCCGACGUGAACUUGGAAGCAGAAGAAAAAGUAACAGUACAGGGCAUCCAAGGCGGGGUACUUAAGAUAAAAGCCGCAGGCGAUAUAUUCACCAAUAAUGUGCGUGCCACAAAUAUAUCGCUGAGCAGCGAAAAUGGCAACAUCAUCUGUGAAGGCACGCUGCUGGGCAAGUGCACUGAAAUCGAAACACAGAACGGAAACAUCAAUCUAGACAAGCUGCAGGGCGACAGCUUAAAGUGCUCCACACAGGCGGGUGACAUCAAUACACACUGCUGCUAUGUAGAGAAAUCAAAGUUUGAGACGACAACUGGCAGCAUGGAGCUUAAGAACGUGCAUAAAACUAGCGAAGUAUUUGUGCAUCAAGCGGGUGACCUGAAGAUGACUGGCGUACAUGGAAACCUAAAUGUGGUUUCUAAAGGCGGCAGCAUGAAUCUCCAGCUCUCUGAGCUGAGUGGCAAAAGUGAGAUUGUGGCACAAAAUCUUAUUGACGAGGCCAUAAUCAAUAUAUCAGAGGCUAUAGAGAACAUUAACAUAGAAGUUAAAGCUAGCCAGGUUAACUUAAACAACGAACUAGAGCAUGUCUCACAUGCGUUAAGUGAAGACAAAAGCAAGUUUCUGCUAAACAAUGAAAAUGAGCAUCAACUAGUCGUAAGCAGCACAGGAGAGAACGGAGUACGUCUUGGCAAGCAAUCGUGGACCGAUAUGCUGCAACAAAAAAUGAAAUCAAGUGAAUAAAUUUAAGGUUUUAC